AUGACUGAAACGACCAGACUGCAUAUCACACCUCUCACCCCGGAUAUUCUUCCUUCUGUGCUACCAGCAUCCAUUCGUAGCUUGGCCACGGAAAUCUCCUUCCACGAAAUCCCUACCUUUCCCGAGAACAACUACGGAUACGUCACUCUACCGACCAUGGAGGCCGACAAGAUCAAGAAGAAGUUGAACGGCUCGAUUCUCAAGGGCAAGAAGUUCAAGGUGGAGCCUGCCCGCCCUCAAAAGAGACACCGAGAGGAGGAAGAGGUGGUGCCUGAAGCCUCCAGCUCCAAAAAGAAGUCCAAAAAGUCGAAGAAGCAGGAACCGGAGGAUGGUGUGGUGGACGGCUUCGAGCUACCCGCCGACCGGAAAGUGAAGAGAGGCUGGACCGAAUCCAGCGAUGCCAAGCAGGAGAGACGGAAAAAGGAAAAGAAGGGCAAGAAGGACAAGGAGGAGAAAUUACAAUCCAAGUCCAAGUACACCGACAAGUCUGAAUGCCUGUUCCGAGCAACUGUUCCGCCCAACCGAGCAUCAAAUGCAGCUGCCGACGAUAAGAAAGCCAAGAAGAAGAAAUCCUCCAAAGAGACUGUUGUUCAUGAGUUUGCGAAGACAGUGACACAACCGAGCUUUUUGCGCACUGCGGAGGAAAGCACACCACUCACAGCCACGUUUGAAGAUGGCAAAGGCUGGGUGGAUGCUGAUGGUACUUUAAGAGAAACAGCCAACGACAAGAUCAAGAAGGAUAACUACCGACCAGGGCAAGUCCCAGGGACCAAGGAGAACCGCCGAGCUGUCAAGGACUCAGCCAGUGCCGACAAGAAAAAGCAUUCGCGGAAAGAGAAGACCCCGGAGGAAUCCUCAGAGUCUGAAGAUUAUACCUCAUCAAGUGGCUCAUCUUCGGAUGAGAGCAGUGACUCGGACAGCGAGGAUGAAUCGAGCUCCGAGGACGCAGACGAGUCUGUCCAGGAAGAGGAUACCAAACCGCAAGCCAUCACGGAGAAAGAGAAGUCUCCAGAAGCCGCUGAUUUCGACGCGAAGAUGCUGGAAACAUCGGACUCGGAUGAGGUAGCCAGCGAGGCUGCGAAAGAAGUGGAACAGGAUCCAACCGCAAAGGAAGUCCAUCCACUGGAGGCUCUCUUCAAGCGGGCGCCCCCGACAGCAGCCGAGGCGCAACCAGCCCCGAAGGCAGAUGCUGGAUUCAGUUUCUUUGGUAACGACAUCGAAUCAGAAAAUGAGUCUCAACCCGCUGAGCCCCAAACACCCUUCACGCCAUUCACAAAGCACGAUCUGCAAGACCGGCGCCAGCGCAGCGCAGCUCCUACUCCUGACACCACAGCUGCCACCAAGCAGAUGAAAUGGAACGAGGAGGACGAUUCCGAGGAUUCAUCCAUUGAUAGCCCAGUGAAGCCUCGGACAGACGCUGGCGCAACCAAAGAUGAGACCGAAUUCACCAAGUGGUUCUGGGAGAAUCGGGGUGACAACAACCGCGCCUGGAAGAAGAGAAGACGCGAUGCUGCCAAGGAACAGAGACAGAGAGAUAACCGCAAGAAGGGACUCAAGGGCAAGUCAUGA